AGGGCGGGCGGAAGAGGCGGGCGCGAGGACAAGAUGGUGGUCACCAGGCGGGCAGGGGCGCGGCGCUCGCAGCCGGGGACGCCGGCCGGGGGAGGAGGUGGCAGCCCCACCGGGGUUGAGAGUGAGCCCGCCGGAGCGGGGGAGAUGGCAGCUGCUGAACUCUGUACUCCUGUGUCUGUGAGGAUGACUAGGAGAAGAACUAGAUCCAUUUGUAAGCCAGACGUAAUUCAGGAAUCUCAGCUUGAAGAGUUGGAACAUGCAGAAACAAAGUCAAAUGUCGGGGAUAGCUUAGAGGUGGAAAUGACUAGAAAUGAGAACGCAACUGUCCAUUCAGUACAAUCAGUUGCUGAACCACAAGCUGACGGGGAUGUGUCAGAAGCAGAAUCAAACUGCUCUGCUGCAUCUGGUCUUCAGACACCUUUGUUUAUAAGGGUAACAAGACGACGAAAAAUUGUAGUUCCUUAUCAGCCGGAUUCUCCUGACAAAAGAAGAUACAAGAGGACAGCUUUUCUAAAUAAGUUAAAUGGGAUUCCGGAUGAAGAUGAUGUUUCUGAAGCUGAGUCUUGUUCCUCCAUUGUUACCAGGACUACGAGAAGCAGGCGAAGCAAAAAGGGGUUGCAGCCAGAUACAGUUCAUGAAGCCCAGAGUGAAGAUAUUUCCGAUGCAGACUCAUGCUGCUUAAGCUCUCAUAUGGAACCAUCCAUCACUAACAGACGAGUUACUAGGAGCAUGGAGAUCAAAUCAGAAGCAGAACAUACUAAGCAGGCUGAGAAGGGAAACAUAAUUGUUUCAGAAGAUGAGAAUUUAACUGAGGACACUGUUAAAUCUGAGCCUGGCAUUUCUGAUUCUAGACCAGCUGCAGAACUUGUUUCUGACACAGAAGAUGCUUCCCCUGUCACUGAGGGUAAUGAAGAACCCAGUUCACCUAAAAGCAAAUGUUCCUUCAAAUCUGCCAAUACAACCCAGGGUGAAGGCAUGAAAGAAGAGUCUUUGCAUGAUGUGACACCCAGCAGUCUUACAGAAAUGAAACAAAGUGACAGUGAAUCACCUGAGAAAAGAGCAAUUAAAAAUACACAGUCUGUUGGGGCUGAUGAUUCAGAGGAAGCACGUGGCCAAGUACAAGAAAACUACAGUAAAGUCCUUGUGAGGGUGGAAAAGUUAGAGCACAUGAAUUUCUCUGAUAGUGUGAGUCCCAAACAAUUUUUAGAAUUCCAAGGGCAAAUAACACUAGAUAAAGAUAAAAAAGAUCCAGAAUGCAAAAGAGAGGGUGCUGAGGCAGAUCCACAGCAGCCUUUCACCCAUGCUGGUAACUUAGGAAAGGAUGAGCAAGCUACUGAAGUGAGGAGUCCACAGAAGGAUGAAGCUGUUGCACAAGGAACUGACAGCGUUAGCGGAUGCAGGAUGCUUGAAAGCAGCGAGGAUAGUGCUGAAGAUCAAGCAGGAGAAUAUGCCAAACCUGUACCUCACUGCAGUGAAAUUCCAAGCAGUGAAAAUAAUUCCCUUGCAUUGUUUCUGGCCGAAGAUGAAAGUGAUGAAUUUGAAGAUAGUGCUGUGGCAGACACAGAUAAAAUUGAAGAGAAUCUGUAUUAUAAAGAGGCAGAUAAGACGACUCCUUCCCUCAGCAAAUCUUUAGAAACCAGUUCACUGGAUGCGGAAGGGCUUUUUGUAAUUGAUACCAAGCCUGGCAUAAGUUCUGACCGAAAGUAUUACCUAGAUCAAAUUGACCAAGGCAGUGAUGCUGAAAGUAAGCAUGAGGGAAGUAAAAAAAGUGAAGAAUCGUCAGAUCUGGAAGAGGCUGAAGAGGAGUUGAUAGAUGAAGAUGAGAAAGAAGAAGAUGAUGAUUUAUUGAAAAAUAAGACUGAUGUUUUAUGUCUUUCCACCAGCAUAGACCCUGGCUUGAAUAUCAAGAAGCUUGGAGGCUUAUAUAUUAGUUUUGAUGCAGAAAACCAGAAGUCUAAAUUGGGUGCAAUUAAACAACUGAAGGAGAAACAGAAGGACCAGCUCUUGCAGAAGAGUGUAAUAACUCCAGAUUUUGAGAAGAAGGAAUGUGUCCCACCCUACAGGGAAUCACUUCACCAGCUAAAGAAACAGCGCAGGGCAGAGCGAGAGAAGACCACAGGUGAUAGUUGGUUUGGUAUGAAAGCCCCAGAAAUCACAACUGAACUGAAGAAUGAUCUGAAAGUCUUGAAGAUGAGAGCUUCGCUGGACCCGAAGCAUUUUUAUAAGAAAAAUGAUAGAGAUGGUCUACCCAAGUACUUCCAGGUUGGAACCGUGGUUGAUUCUCCCAUAGACUUUUACCAUAGUCGAAUCCCUAAGAAACAAAGGAAGAGAACGAUUGUUGAAGAGCUGCUGGCAGAUUCUGAGUUCAGAAGAUAUAAUAAAAAGAAGUAUCAGGAGAUCAUGAGUGAAAAAGCAGCUUUUGCAGCAGGGAAGAGGAAUCGGAAAAAGAAGAAAUUUCACAAUUAAGACGAAGAGAAAUAACAAAGGUGGAACAACUUCUUGGUAUAAAACUUUUUACAGAAUGCUUUGCUUGUGGUGGUUUUUCUUUUUGAAGAUUGCAGGUCAUGUGCACAUUGUGGGUUAAGGAUUUCUUGCAGUAAGAAUGUUUUGUAGGGAGCUUUAUCCACUUACAAGGUAUCUAAAUUUGAAAUUGCUUGAGAUUUAAAAAUCUAAAUAUUUUUAAUUGAAAUUAAUCUUUUUGUAAAAAAAGAUAAUGAUAUGAAAGCAUAUGGUUAAAUCUGAGCACAAAACCCAACUGCAUGGAUUGUGGUCUUUUCAGCCUUCAGUCUUUGCAUCAGUGAAUUGGUAUAUUCAGUUUAAAAUCAUGUUUAUAAUUCACCUUGGGACCCGUUACAUACCGGAACAGAUUUUUCCAUAUCUUGUCAGAGCUCCUGCUGGCCAAUUCUGUAAUAGGAAAUAUUGAGAAGUAGUUUGGUUGCGAAGUGUUUAUUUUAACACUGACCAUAAUGGACUUGAGAGUGUCCUGGAAUCAGCAUACACACAUAUGCUUGCUUUCAGAUACGUAGAGAUACAUAAUUUAUAAAUAAAUAUAGGGAAGUAAUAAAGAAUAUAUACAUUAUAUAUUGUUUAAUGAAUAAAACAACAUAAAUAUGUAAUAUAUACAA